GACUGGUUGGUCCUUGCAUAGUCUGGCUACCUGAUCGCAGAAUCUCAUUCCUCCCUUCCUAGGCUCCUCCUGGACUAAUAGCCGUGUGGCGAACUCUCAACGGUUUCUUACCGAACCAUCGCUCCUCCGAUGCCAAAGCGGCGAGUCGAAGGCGAGAUAACAGUCUCGUACGAUCCUGGUCCCAGCAGCAGCUCGGGCAGUAGGAGCCCAGUCGACAGUCCGCAGUCUGCGUGCAGUAGCGGCAGUCGGAGCAAUCUACGGCGCGAUAACAGCUGGGACGACAGGGAGCCGCUGCUUCCGGUGCACACGAAGCAGGCGUCAAACCCCCAAAGGACACUAUAUGGAUCAUUCUUGCGGAAACGUGGGUCACAAGGCGACAUGGAGCAGAAACCAGCUAAACUGCCGUUGGUCGAUACAUCGGGUAGUUUGAACGUGGAACGGCGUGGAGUUCCUAAGCUGACGGCGUAUUGGAGCGAUCUCUUCCACACGCUGAUCAACAUCCCUAACGUCCGCUUCUACCCGUUACUUCUGCUCGUCUACUCGUUGCUUUUUGGAGGGUUUGCACUCCCGUAUUACUAUCAGUCCGUACAGUACAACUGCAUCCCAGGAGUUAAGAACUACUGGCAUGCACUGUGGUUCAGUGUUCAGUCCGCCAUGACCAUUGGGUUUGGGGGAGACUUGAUCCCUGAUCCUGACUGCUUCACAUUGAACCUUCUCAUCGCCCUCCAAUCGCUUGCUGCUCUGAUUGUCGCCUAUGCCUUGCUGGGGAUAGUCUACACAAGGUUCGCCCUUCCGUCCCGUCGAGCAUCAUCACUCGUGUUCAGCCAAUACAUGGUGCUCAACGAGGAAGACGGAGUGCCUCGUCUUUCAUUUCGGGUUGCUAAUGUUCGCAAGCACCAACUCAUAGAGGCGCAUGCACAGCUGCUGGUGGCAAUCAAUAACAUCAUGAGUGAGGAGAACGAGGCGCUCUUCAAAUUCUCCAACCUUCCGAUCCUUGGAGGGGGUUUCGUCUUUCUUGCUCUCCCCUGCAUCAUCACGCAUGCGAUCACGAAGCACAGCCCACUGCAUGGCAUGUCCCUUGCUAUGAUGGAACGGGCUGACAUUGAGUUCCUCGUGCUUAUAGAGGGUGUGGAUGCUCCUACAUCAGCCAAGCUGCAAGCCCGGCAUUCCUACUCGCCUCGUGACAUCAAGUUCAAUCACCGCUUCUGCACCAUGGUCAAGCGAUCUCCAAGUGGAAUCCGCCGGGUGGACUUCACCAAGUUUCACGACAUGCAGCCGGUCCCAGCCACUCUGCGCCGCCCCCACUUCCUCCCCCACGCGCCCUCCUGGGAGAAUCUUCGCAACCUCUCCUCCCUCUCCUCUCUCCCCAGCGUUCUCCGCCACCCCACUGCCGUCUCAACCGACAAAUCAGGCGCCAUCAUGGGCCGGAGAGAUGCCCCUUUGCCCUUCCCACCCCCUGCUGACUCUGCGUCUGCCUCUCAAGUCUCCCUCGCAUGCCCACUCUCCGUGGCUGCAGCUGUUGGUGGUGACUCUCCUGCUCUUGGUGCGAACGAUUCGAUUCGGAAAAAUUCAAGCUUCAUGAGCAUUCUUUCCCUUGGGCUAGGGCCCGGGUCAGGCUGGGGAAGCGGAAUAUGGGGCGGCGGAGUAUGGGGAAAUUCAGCGGCAGCAGCAUGGGCAGGGACAGUGGCAGCAGGAGGAAGGGGUGUGUCAGCAGAAGGUGGAAGCUCAAUAGCUGGUGAUGCGGUGCCAGCAGGAGGAGGUUAUGUGGAUCGAGGCACUGCUGGUGUUGGUGCCCAAAUUGGUGAGGCAAGAGAGUCAAAUGAAGCAGAUUUCGCUAGAGUAGGAGCAGGAGAGAGAGGGGAUGCGCAAGGGGUGCGUGGUGGAGGGAUGUUCCUGCCUCUGGCAGGAGUGGAGCAUGACUUGUCCUUCGCCUCGCUCCCUCCUGUCAUCGAAGGUGACUCUGGCAGCAGCAGCCCAGCAAGUGGGCCUCCAGGUGUUCCAGGUGGUUUGAGCAGUUCAGGUGGAGGGAACGCUGCUCUUGGAGGGACAUGGCCCAUGCAGGCAGCACCUGGGGCUGCAGUGAGUGGGGCUGUGCUGUUAGCUCCAGUGGCUGCCACCGCUGCACCAGCGACAAUCAGAGCAGGAUCAACAGGCUCGGCAUUUGCAGCAGGAGCAGCAGCAGGAACUGCGGCACAAGCUCCAACGCCUGAACAGAAGCAGAUGAGGCGUAUGGUGAGGCGUGGGAGCGCAGAGAGAUGGGAGGGAAAAGCUGCUGGGGUGGCUGUAGGACAAGGCCGAUUGAGCAGGCGUGUAUCAUUUGAAGUGUCACCUGUGGUUGACUCGGUUGCUGAGGCAGGAGUACACACGCGAGCUGAGGCGGCAGCAGGGAGGGAAGGCACGAGUGGUGGUGCCACUGCAGCAGUGCUGGAUGAAGGGUGGGCUGGAAGGCAAGAAGGAUGCAGGGAAGUGAAUCAGACAGGAGGAGGAGGAGAAGACCAGGGGAUGGGGUAUGAGUUGCCGAGCAAGAAGGGCGGAGGGAGCAAAGGGUCUCGGUUGGAAGUGGGCAUGGGAGGGCUUUCAGUGAAGCGCCCAUUCCUGUGCCCAGGAGCAGAAGGAACAGUGCUUCUAGCAAUGACAGUAGCAUGCGUGGCGGGCUUGAACUUGGUGGCAGGAGGAGAAGUGGUGCAAGCAAGGGGCAGAGAAGUUUUGCUGCGUCAGGCCAGCCUGGUGGCUGGGCUGAUCAAAGUCCGCUUCUGCUGAUGAACUCCUUCAGUGGUGCGCUCAGCAUCGCACAUGCUGGAGAUGGAUGCGCGGCACAGGAUUGCUGUGGCAGAGAAAGAGAGCAGCAAUGGCGUGCGCUUGCAGUUGACCUUGCCAAGAAGGUUCAGAGCAGCAGGGCGCUCCAUGCGCCCGAUGUGGAUUGCCAUCCACUGCUCAAUAGAGCCAAGGAGUUUCUUGAAACUUGAAAAAGCAGCUGAAGUGAAUGCUGAUAUCGAGUCCCCAUUUGAUUAGGCAACGCUAAAUGAGGCAUCCCGGGCUGUAAAAGUGGAAUUGGUGAUCCCAGCUGAAAUUGCUGUGGUUGAUCUGCUUUGUGCAUCUUGUAAAUAGGUAUGUUUUGAUUGUCCA